AUGGACAUCAACUGGGAUCUUCUCACACCGCAGCAGCAGGAGGCUGUCCUGAACAAGCCUCUUGCCAAAGCCCCUCCAGGUUUCGUAUCACGGGUGGGGCAGCCACGAGAUUUGAAUGGGACGACCAUCUCGUUGGCCGUGGCAUCUCAGGUCCUCGUUACCGUCCUUUUCUUCCUACGUGUGUACGCUAGAGUCGUCUAUGUGAAAAGAUUCAGGACUGAAGAUGCUGGGACUACCGGCUUCGGGAUUUGGAGCCGUUUUGGAAGGUCUGUUGGCACUGCAUCUUGCAAGACUCGAACCAACAUCUCACAACUCGAGCAGAAUUUCAUCGUCUUGCGCAUCUUCUAUGCCAUUAAUUUGGCCUUUGCGAAAAACGCCAUCCUGCUAGAGUGGAUUCACAUCUUUGUCCCGCUGCCUCGGCGCAAUGCAUUCUUUUGGAUUUGUGUCACUCUCAUGGUUGUGAAUACGGGGCUUUACAUUGGAGCAAUCAUCGCCACCUGCGUCACAACCCUCCCGAUAGAAGCAGCCUGGAAACCCUGGAUCAAAGGGCGAACCCUCGUCGACAGGCAGAUAUCCGAUACCACUACCGUCAGCUUUAACCUCCUAAUCGACAUACUGAUUCUUAUUUUGCCGCAAAUGGUAAUUUGGAAAUUAAAAAUGAAUGCUCAACGGAAGAUUGGGCUUUCCAUCCUGUUCUGCCUCGGUAUCGCCACCUGCAUCUUCGCCGGAGGUCGUGUCUACAAGACCUCGACAGUCCACAAGGCUAUUGAUCGUCUGUACAAUGUGCCGAUCAUCAUUCUUUGGGGGCUCGGUGAAUCCACCCUCGCCAUGGUCGUCUUUUGCGUACCGGCAAUCCCAAAGCUGUUCUCAGGCCAGAGUUCAGGAGUGCUCUCGAAAUUCAAAGUGUCUCUGCAGUCGUGGGCAGCGAUUGCUACGGGCUCGAAUCGCUCGCAGUCAAAACCCGACCAGAGUGGGCAGCAAUCGUGGCCUGCUGCCAAUACUAACAAGUUCUACCACAAGAUGCAAGAUGGGAGUAGUGAAGUGGCGCUCACAGAUCUUGGGAACAGGGAGGACGAUGCUGUGUCUAGCCGUAGAAUGGAGUCAGUGCAUCACAACUCAAAAGCUUAA